AUGAGCCCAAAGAACGACUCCGGUUUCAAGGUCGAGCCUUUCGACGGCUCGAACUAUGGGUUGUGGAGUUACAAGAUGAAGAUGUACCUGAUGUCGAAGGGGCUGUGGGGCGCGAUCGCGGGCGAUGAGACAACAAGUGAGGCCAAGGAACAGCAAGCCCACGCCGCGAUCGUGCUGAAUCUGAGCGAUUCGCAGUUGAUGCAUGUCAUCGACUCGGCCACCGCAAGAGAAGCGUGGGGACGUCUGGCGCGAUUUCAUCACAGUCAUGACAUGGCGAAUCGACUUUGGCUGAAGGAAAAGUUCGCGUCGUUCAAGUAUGCAGCAUCAAGCAUGAGCGGUCAUGUGAUGGAGCUGGAGGACCUCGUGAUGAAGAUGAAGCGCGCGAACUGCGCUCCAAGUGAAGAGGACGUGUGCGCAGUACUGUUGCGGAGUCUACCUUCAAGCUUCGAGAGCUUGAAUGAGGCUGCACGGGUAGAAGAUGCGACUGCGCUCUACGCAGGCAAGAAGAAGGGUAAUCAGUACCCGAAGAAGCAACAAGGACGGCGCGCGAAGGAACCAUCAGGGACCUGCUACAACUGUGGCAAGUUCGGACACUACGCCAGAGAUUGUCGCUCUGGUCGAGGGCCAAGGGAGCAACAGCAUGACCAGUCGAAUGUCGCGUUUAACGCUUGCGAAGGUUUCGCGAGCGACAGCUGGGUCAUGGACAGUGGCGCGUCAGCACACAUGUGCAAGGAUCGAGAUGCGUUCGAAGAGUACGAAGAAGUGCAUCAUGCGCGCAGUAUUUCAAGCGCAAAAAGCGACGUUAAGCUGAAUGUCAUCGGACAUGGGACAGUGAAGCUGCGCGUCUGGACAGGGCAUGCGUGGAUCGACGCUCGCCUUGAGAACACACUUCACGUUCAAGAUUCGUCCAAGAACCUGUUUUCGCUCACGGCUGCGGCAGCGCGCGGCAUGACAGUGGAGAUAACGCGAAACGAGUGCGUGGUGAAGCGUGGCGGCAAACCCGUCGCAACAGGAAGGAAGCAGGGUUUUCUACUGUAUCUAAACGCUGACUAUGGUACGGAGUGCCACAUGGCCGAAGACGAUACAGAGCUGUGGCAUAGAAGACUGGGUCACGUGUCGUAUGGUACGCUGAAUGCCAUGGUCAAGGACGGAAGGAUCAAGGGCGCAACGAUGAAGACGAACGUUGCGUGUGACGUAUGCGCAACGUCAAAGCAAGUGCGCAAGUCAUUCAAGACAAGUGAAGAAGACGCUGAAACCAGGGAGAGUUCGCGUUCCGACGUGGCGGUGUGCUCCGACGUUCUCGGACCUAUCACGCCAGCGUCCAAGUCUGGUUUCAGUUACGCCGUAACCUUCAUCCUGAUGAAGAGCAGCAUCUGGAACGAAGAUAAGGUGCUGCGAAGUGACAACGGCGGCGAAUACCGGAACGAAACGAUGAACAAGUUUUGCAAGGCUAAGUUCAUUAAGCAAGAGUUCACGGUUCCGUACAACCCAGAGCAGAACGGGAUAGCGGAGCGGAUGAACCGGACGUUGGUGGAGAUGACGCGCUGUAUGCUCAAGGAAAGCGGCCUCGACAAGUCCUAUUGGUGCGAGGCACUGAUGACAGCGGCAGACAUCAGAAAUGUUCUGCCGAACGCGUCGAACAAGAACUCAAGGCCACACGAGAUGGUGUUUAGGAAGGUUCCGCGCAUCGAUCACAUGCGCGUGUUUGGUGCGCAAUGCUAUGCGUAUGUGGCGAAGGAGAAGAGAAAGAAGCUGGACGACUCAGGCGUGCGAUGUUUAUUUCUCGGCUAUGCGAAGGACCAAAAGGCGUAUCGGCUUCUCAACGCGGACGAUGGCUCAAUCGUGAUUUCAAGAAGCGUCACGUUCGCUGAGCAUUCUGUCUCGAAAACAACGAAAAGCAGAGACACGCGGGUCUUCGAUGUCAUUGAAGAAGAGGAAAGUGUGGAGGCGUCGCUACCCGAUGAUGAAGACAUACCAGCGCCGGUGACCGAAGAAGAGCUGCGCACCCCACCACUUCGAGCGCAGAACAGCUCUCAUCACGGACCAAGUGAUCGACCAAGCGACACCAUUCCCACGCGCGCAUCCAGCACACCCGGAAGAAAUGGAGAAGAAGAGUGGAUGGUGCGACCGGUUCGGAAGAAGCGCGGCGUGGUUCGCUACGAACAAGAAUUUCCAAGCCAUCGUCGCGGUCGCUUCAAUUUGGACGACUACGAAGGUGACUUCGACUCUUUCUACUGUUUCUCGGCUGAAGAAGAUGGGGAACAAGCGUCCAGCUAUCAAGAAGUAAUGAAGAGCAGCUACAAGGAGCAGUGGCUGCAGGCAAUGAAGAGCGAGAUGAAGUCGCUUGAAGAACACAGCACAUGGAAGCUUGUGGACAUGCCACCUGGCAAGAAGGCCGUAGGCUGGAAGUGGGUCUUCAAGAUCAAACGCGAUCCAAGUGGGGGAGAUCAUCAAGUUCAAGGCACGCUUGUGGCGCGCAAGGAAUCUAUCAGCACAGUGUUGGCGAUCGCUGCAGCUGAAGACCUGGAAGCAGAAAAUGUUGAUGUCGACACAGCGUUUCUCUACGGCGAAGUGGAAGAGGAGAUCUACAUGGACCAACCUGACGGUUUUGAAGAUGAAGGAAGCCCGACUAAGAAGUGUUUGCUGCAGAAGGCGCUAUACGGGACGAAGCAAGCGGCGCGGCAGUGGAACAACAAGUUGAGUCAGCACUUGGAUAAUCAAGGGUUCAAGAGCAGUACAGCGGACCCGUGUGUGUACGUUCGAGUGACAAGAGAGGAGUACAGCAUCAUCGUGAUCUACGUGGACGACUUGAUGAUUUUCUGCAAGACGAAGGAGCACAUCGCAAGUAUCAAGAACUCAUUGAUGGAAGAUUUCAGCAUUAAAGAUCUUGGAGAUCUCAAGUACUGCCUCGGGAUCGAGAUUCAUCGCAAGCGCGAAGAUGGAACGAUCAAGAUGAACCAGAAGGCGUACAUCAAGCGACUUUCGGAGAAGUUCGGCGUUGAGAACUGCAAGGACGUGCACACGCCGGCGGACAGUAACUCGAAGCUGAUCAAGAUGGGUCAAGAGGAAGCGUUUGUACCAAAGUACCCAUACCGUGAGCCGGUGGGCGUUUUAAUGUACAUCGCCACAUGUACACGACCGGACAUUGCGCAUGCGGUUGGCGAAGUUGCGAAGUUUUUCGAGCGCUACGACAAGUCGCAUUGGACAGCAGCAAAGCGGAUUCUCAAGUAUCUCAAGACGACUCAAGACUUAAGCAUCGUUUUCAGCGGCAUCAACAAGGGAGAGCUGAUCGGAUUUGCGGAUGCAAACUGGGCUGGCGACCUUGACACGCGGCGUUCAACAACAGGAUACGUUUUCUUCCUGAACGGAAGCGUGAUAUCGUGGAACUCGGAGCGUCAACCAACGGUCGCGACCUCAAGUACGGAAGCAGAGUACAUGAGUCUGUACAGCGCGACGCAGGAAGCAAUUUGGCUUCGAGGUCUGCUCAAGGACCUGAACUACUGUGCCAAGAACGCGACGACGAUUUUUCAAGACAAUCAAGGAUGCAUCGCGCUGGCCAAGAAUCCUGUGUACCACUCGCGCACGAAGCACAUCGACGUUAAGUUUCACUUUUUGCGUGUAAAGGUUUCAAGUGCAGUGAUUGCGCUAGAGUUCAAGCCGACGGAAGAAAUGGUCGCGGAUGGAUUCAACAAGGCACUUCCAAGAGACAAGCACAGCAAGUUCAUCACGGGUCUGUGCAUGGCGGUGUAG